ACGCGAGUGUAGAGGCGAGGUAUUGCGACGAGCAUCACUUGCGCAUAUAGCACGAUCACAAUGGCGCCUCCUAUAAUCGAUGAAAUCGUCGAAGACGAAAACUACGCCUCCUCAGAAGACGAGGAUUUCGUCCCCGACGAGGCACCCGCUGCUGUCGCCUCAGCAUCCGAGUCUGAAUCCGAAGCCGAAGGCGAGGGCGAGGGCGAAGCACCAACUGAGGCGAAGAAAGGGAAGCCUGCUACGAAAAGGAAACGUGCAAAGCAACCUGCGGGUGAGGAUGCGGAGGAUAUAGGGUUUGAGAAUUCGGGAGAUGAGGCGAUUAUUGGGAAGGGGUUGAAGAAGCAGAGGAGGCGGCGGAGGAGGGGGGAGGAGGAGGAGGAGGAUGAGGGGGGGGAGGGGGGGUUUGUGAAGACGAGGAGGAUGGCUGCUGCUGCAGAGGAAGAGCGCGCACCACUUGCAGAUACGAAAAAUGCGACUGUAGAUGUCGACGCGCUAUGGGCAUCCAUGGUAUCCGGAUCACCCAAACAACCCACCGAACACACCCCCCUACCUCCCUCCGACACCCAAGCCCUCGACACCGUCGGCCCGGUAUCAAAAACCGCCGCGGCGGCUGCGUCGGCCCUCACGACACUCCCGGGCCCGAAUGGGGAUGACACAGUGACAAUCCAGCGCACCUACAAUUUCGCGGGCAAAGUGCACACGGAAACAAAAAUCGUCCCCCGCGACUCCGCCGAAGCACGGCUGUACCUCGCCUCCAACCCCUCCCCCACCACAGACGCGCCCACAUCCACCUCCCCCCCUAGGCGGCCCACCAAACUCGCGCGGCGCUCUAUGUUCGAACCCGUCAUCGAUACUGGGCCGCCGCGAUCGGAUUUAAAGUUGGGAGUAGGGAUGAUACGGGAGAGAUUGGUAGCGCAGCAGGAGGUGGAGAAGGGGAGGAAGUUGAAUACGGUUGAGAAGAGUAAGAUGGAUUGGGCUGGGUUUGUGGAUAAGGAGGGGAUUAGGGAGGAGUUGGAGGUUGCGGAGAAGGGGAAGGGGAGUUAUUUGCAGAGGAAGGAGUUUUUGGAGAGGGUGGAGGGGAAGAGGGAGGAGGUGCGGAGGGCCACUGUUGGGAAGUUGUAGGGCG